AACAAUUGAUUUUCAGUAUGAGUGAAAUCUAAGUGCUAGUAUAUCGGUACUGAGAUGCGAACUGAUUAGUAGAUUGUUACCGUCUUCCAUUUCAAAGUUAUUUACAAUUUUUUUAAUGCCGCAGAGUAGGACACGACACGACGAAGUUCACAACUUAUCAAUUUACGAUUUAAAGUAAGCAUAGGCAUUUUGAGCGAAGCUAUGGCUUAUUCAUGUGUCAUGAGAGUGAACUUGUGAUGUCAGCGAAGGCGAGUCUGCUCUAAUUUCUAUGCUUUUACAUAGUUUAUCUAGUUAUAUCUAAUAUAAAUAACACUAUUUGCAUUUAUACUGUAUAACACAGCUAUCAAAAUGUAGGUGAACAAUUAAUGUAUAACUAUUUGUUUCUUAGCUUUUGCACACACACCAGUCAUAAAAUAAAACAAGUUUCAAUGAUAUAGAUGCACUGAUUGAUUGAUUUAUUUAUUGACAUUCCGCAUCCUGUAAAGGAUGCGUCGUCGAAUACUAUUAUAAUAAUUUGGAUCAAGUAUCAUGAGGCUUCACACAUUGUAAAGUCCUAAAUUUUACCUUAAGACAUAUUCCUAUACUCCCUAAGUAUAUUUUCGUUUUACAAGUUGAUAACAUUUGUCAUUUUUCAUUUGGCUUUUCUCAGAUAAAGACCUACCAACAAAUAACAGCAAAGCGUGCUGUUUGUCUUUACAUUAUUAUCUCUCAAGUGAACGAUGACCUCCGAACCUAAUCACGGGGGUCAAACUACAUAGCUUAACUGCAACAUAAACAUUGCAAGUAAAAUUUGUAAAUGCAAGGCUGGCCCCUCAGGAAAAUGAGUUUGUUUUCUCGAGUGACAACCUAAGGAAGAGAUACGCUGAUCCGCUGGAUAGAAGGACCUCUCCACUCUUCCUUGUCUGGCCACCACUAUACCACAACUGUUAUCAACUGCCAUGACUUCAUACUUCAUUAUCACAUGGAUCUGUUUGCGAACCAAUGGCGUAGUUUUUUCACUUUCCCAGUGCUACAAGUAGGUGAAAUAAUGUGUCCGGUACAGUUGUCUUCCAACGCUGGCAAGAUGAGGACUGUCCUGGUACUAGCAACUGUGGCGUCUUUGGCUUUGGCCGGGACAAUCCCACCAGUCAACGACUACGCCAAUGUAAAAACUGUGGCUGUUGAUGCCCCUACCUUAGCGCGUCAGUACAAAGUCCUGGAGCUUUUACAAAACCUCGAUGUGGUAAACUUUUACGAAAACUACCCACAUACCAAGGACUAUGACAUCAGCGCACAUGCUACCAAAUAUGAAAAACCGGAGGUGGUUGAGAAAUUCCUAAGCAUGUACCAGAAAGACUUCCUUCCUAAAAAUAAUGUAUUCAACAUCUUCAAUGAGAAAAUCAGAGAGCAAACCAAAGCUUUGUAUGAUGUGUUCUACUAUGCCAAAGACUUUGACACCUUCUUCAACUCAGCUGUAUGGGCGCGGGCACAUGUUAAUCAAGGGAUGUUCGCUUAUACAUUCACCGUCGCCAUUAUGCAUCGCGCUGAUACUAUGGGAUUAAUUAUACCUGCCCUCUAUGAAAGUAUGCCACAAUAUUAUGUAAAUUAUGAAACCAUGGUCAAGAUGUAUUAUGGUAGGAUGCGAGGAGAACCAUUCGAAGAAUAUCCUGAGUACGGCAUUUACCAAGAAGGCGAUCAUUACUACUAUUACCAAAAUUAUUCUGAUUACCACACAUACGGUGAGGAACAGAAAUUAGCAUACCUCACUGAAGAUAUCGGCUGGAAUGCGUUCUACAGCUACUUCCAUAUUGCCAUGCCAUUCUGGGAAGACGGUGACGAAAUCGCGCAUGGAGUCUUCAAAGAACGUCGUGGCGAAGUGUACUACCAUUUCUAUCAACAAGUACUGGCUCGCUACUAUCUUGAGAGACUUUCAAACGGUAUGGGUGAGAUCCCAAAAUUCUCUUGGUAUCAGCCGCUGAAACAGGGAUAUCGUCCUUCGAUGACCUUUAAAUACGUACCUUUCGCACAAAGAAGUGAUAACUAUAUCAUGCAAAACGAAAAUAAUAUUGACGAUCUCCAUUUCGUUCGUAACUACGAAGACAUGUUCCUUUCUUUCGUCGAGCAAGGCCAAUUCACUGCCUUCAAUCAACAAGUCGACUUUUCCGAUGAGAAAGCCAUAAACUUCGUUGGUAACUACUGGCAAGCUAAUCCUGACUUGUACGACAAGAUUUCUCCUCGCCGUAACUACUACAAUUCCUACGAGGCUGUUGCUCGUCGCAUCAUUGGUGGUGCUCCGCCUACCUACAACGAAUAUGAUUUCGUACCCUCCGCCUUGGACUUCUAUCAAACAGCUAUGCGUGACCCCGCAUUCUAUCAAAUUUACAACAAGAUUUGGCAUUUUAUGGCCCAAUACAAGAAAUACUUGCCAUCUUACUCCCAAGAAGAUCUUCAUUAUGUCGGUGUCAAGAUUAACAAAGUUGAAGUAAGCGAUUUGCACACUUUCUUUGAAUAUAGUGCAUUUAACGCAACCAGCGCUGUCUAUCCUACUAACGGAGUUGUCGGCCAGCAGAAACAAUAUAUGGUCGUCCAACCAAGGUUGAACCACGAAUCAUUCAAAAUUAAAUUCUCAGUAAAAUCUGAAGUCGCGGAUCAAGCCUCUUUCAAGAUCUUCAUUGGUCCAAAAUAUGAUAGUUACGGUAAUGAAGUUGCAUUGGAAGACAACUGGAUGAACUUCGUGGAAAUGGACUGGUUCUCACAGACUAUCACAAAGGGCGAGAACGUCAUUGAGCGCAACUCCGAAGAAUUCUUCUUCUAUAAGGAAGACUCUGUACCUAUUGGUGAAAUCUACAAGCAAUUAGGAAACGGUAAAGUGCCUUCUGAAAUGGUCUAUAAAUACGAUGACUUGCCUAAAAGGCUUAUGCUGCCGAGAGGAACAAAGAGUGGUUUCCCUCUCCAAGUUUUCGUUGUUGUCUACAAGAGUCAAGGCGUGCCCAAAGCGUUACAAAAUGAGAAUACAUUCAUCUUAGAUGAGAGGCCUCUUGGCUAUCCAUUUGACCGCCCAGUACCAGAGUACUUCAUGCAACCUAACAUGUACAUACAAGACGUCACUGUUUACCAGAAAGGUAGCGAAUACCCAAACUACACCGAAAUCGAAGCUCAUAGCAACGACAGUACUAAGCACUAAGUUAAUACUUAAUAUGAUUAAGCAUUAUAGAAACCCGAAUAAAUUUUAAAUCAAUUACAAA